AUGGGGAAGUUGCCCCUGUCCCUUGCCUGCAGCUGCACCAUGGCCCCCUCAGAGUUCGCAUGGAAGCUGUGGUCAGACGUCUCGGAGUGCUGGGCCGCGGAGGCCUUCCGCGGGGCCGUUCUGCGGAAGUGCCCGGCGGGGGGGGAGGCGUGGGCUCAGCUCCGCGAGGUGCGCGGCAACACCUCCACAGCAGUGUCGAGAGUCACCUUCCGCGCGGACGGCGCCUGCCAGGUGCUGGAGCUCUUUUUCAUGGGCUUUCCCUACCCGGUGGGCGAGUUCCGCAGUUGCGGUGAGGUGCGGUGGCGCUGGGAGAAGGCGGGAGGGCGGUGGAAGGUGUGGGUGGAGUCGGACACCGGGGAGACGGUGGUGGUGCCCGCGACCUUCGAGGCCAGCGCGCCUCAGCUGGAGUUGCACUCGCUGAGCCCGGACCGUCUUGAGGUCUCGCUGCUGCCGCUUCAGCAAGUGCGGAGCCCUCAGCCUUCCCAGGCAGAGCUGAGGGUGCAAGAGCUGAUGGCGGAGGUCCAGCAUGAGAGGGCACAGAAGGCAAAUCUUCAGCAGCAGUGUGAUGAGCUGAAGGAGCAGCUCACAACGAUUGCGCAGGACAAGGCGCGGGCAGUGCAGGCAAAGUAUACCUUGGAGUAUUUAAUUUGCAGCCGCAGCUGGAACAGUCCAGGAGUGCUCACACAGGAAGCCUGCAAGAAGCGCAAGCGACCCGCCAAGGAGCUUCCGGACAGGGACGCAAAAGCGGCCAGGCAGCGUGAGAGCCGAGACGAGUCGGCGAGCGACGGGAGCAGCCGCUCUGCCAAGUGCUUCCUUCCCAACACGGCCCUGCCCGGUGCGGACGGACACCUGCUGCGGGUGCAGCAUCUCGAGCCCGGGCAGCAAGUCCGCCUGGCCGACGGCGCCGAGGCUUCGGUGGUGCACGUGAAGAAGCACAUGGCCAGCAGGAAGCCCUACGACUUGGUGGAGCUGAGUACUGAUCAGGGCAUCUUCACCAUCUCCAAGGAUCACCGCGUGGCGGUGACGGACGGCACAGGCAUUCAUGACCAACGCGCAGACUCGUUGAAGCCUGGAGAUUCCGUCAUCGUGGGCAAGAAAGAUCGGAAGCUGACCAGAGUGUCCACUAAGAAGGAGCGCACGGAGCUCUACGAAAUCACCUUUGAGACAGAUGGCCCCAUUGAGAUGUUCCAUGUGCGGGAGUUCGGGAUGCUGACCUUUGGCUCGGCGCCGGAUGCGAGUGGCUCAGAUGGACGUAUUCCAACGAAUGCUGCAGAGGCGAUGCUUCAGUGUGUGGGCAGUCCGAGCUGCGAAGUGGAGGAAUAG